AUGGAUCCGAUCAGCCAGCUCACGACACUGCUCGUACCCAACGACCACGACCCGGCCAACACCAGAUCGAAGUCGCGCAAGGUCAUUGAGGAGAAGAAGUUCACAUUCGAUAAUUCUUUUUGGAGUCACAGCAGAAAAGAUGAGCACUACGCCGAGCAGGAGCAUGUUUACAACAGCUUGGGAGAGGAGUUCCUGGACCACAACUUCGAGGGCUACCACACCUGUAUCUUCGCAUACGGCCAGACCGGUUCCGGCAAGAGUUACACCAUGAUGGGUACCCCAGAUCAGCCCGGUUUAAUUCCUCGGACGUGCGAGGAUCUCUUCCAGCGCAUCGAAGCAGCACAUAACGAGACGCCAAACAUUUCGUACAACGUCAGAGUGUCCUAUUUCGAAGUCUACAAUGAGCAUGUGCGCGACUUGCUUGUUCCAGUUGUUCCAAACCAGGCGCCAUAUUAUCUGAAGAUUCGGGAGUCACCUACCGAGGGGCCGUAUGUCAAGGAUCUGACCGAAGUGCCUGUUCGCAGCAUCGAUGAGAUUCUACGUUUCAUGAAGAUGGGCGAUUCCUCGAGGACCACAGCGUCAACGAAGAUGAAUGACACUUCCAGUCGUAGCCAUGCCGUUUUCACCAUUAUGCUCAAGCAGAUUCACCACGAUAUCGAAACAGAUGAGACUACAGAGCGGAGUUCACGAAUUCGACUGGUCGACUUGGCAGGUAGUGAGCGUGCCAAAGCAACCGAGGCAACUGGACAGCGACUUCGUGAGGGUAGCAACAUCAACAAGUCGCUGACAACUCUUGGUCGAGUCAUUGCCGCUCUUGCAGACCCCAAAUCACAACGGUCAGGCAAACGUGGGGGUAGCAAAGACGUGGUUGUGCCCUAUCGAGACUCGAUUCUAACCUGGUUGCUCAAGGACUCUUUGGGAGGCAACUCCAAGACAGCAAUGAUAGCCUGCAUCGCGCCAUCUGAUUACGAAGAAACACUGUCAACUUUGCGAUACGCCGAUCAGGCCAAACGCAUCCGGACUCGGGCUGUCGUCAACCAAGACAGCAUAUCGGCGGCCGAACGGGAUGCACAGAUUGCGGCAAUGGCAGAAGAGAUCCGCGUGCUGCAAUUGUCCGUGUCAGACAGCCGACGGCGGGAGAAGGACGCUCAGCAGCAAGAAGAGCGAUUGGAGGAGUACCAGAACCGUGUUGUCGCUAUGCAGCGCCUUAUGGAGGAGCGCAGUCAGGUCGCCGAGGCGAAGAUUCGGUCCUUGCAAACUGAGAACGAGGCUCUGAGACUCCAUUUGAAGCUCGCGCUCGACAGUUUGAAGAAUCCCAUUCCUGUUGUUACUGUCAGCAGCCGGCCAAGUACUUCAGGAGGCAAAGAAGAAGGCCUGAAGGAGGGCGACAAGGAGAACACCGACGAGGCAUACUAUGAUGAGGACGAGGCGUAUGACUCUGAGGACUACGAGCAGCGAGCUGGAGACAUGCAGGACUAUAUGCAGACUCUGCUUAAUGAUUUGAGUAUGUUCAAGCGCAAGAUUGGCGAUGACAAGGGCAGAUUCGUGGUGGAGCAGAACCCUCGAAAGCCUCUAGGCUCAAAAGUCAAUGUUUGA